AAUUCGCCAGCCCUACCCCCCGAUUAUAUAUGUACUUCAAGAAGAUAUAUAUCGCCCCCUCACACGUCGCAGAAUAAAAGUUCAUCUGAAACAAGACCAUCUUUGGGUCUAUGCUUUCUUUUGAACCUUCCGGUCUCCGCAAAUCUAAGCGAAGAUCGGGGAUGAUGUGGGGAUUGUUUCAGGGUGAGAUUUGGGGAGGGGUUGAGGUUUCCACAAGGGGUGAAUGUUCAUUUGCUUGUUUCCUAUAUUUGGGAUUGUGUCUCAUCUGGAAAGAUGUUUACUUUUGCUCCGCACACGAACCACGUCGGGGACAUGAUUGGUCGUUGGUUCUGCUUGUGGUUCUGGUUCCGGGACGGACAGAUGGUUCCUGAACCAGGGAUGGUGGUAUUGAAUUGCUAGUGUAGAAAAAUAAAACAGUCCAGACACAAUUUCAAUCUGAUUCACGGCGAAACCCGUAGUAGUUUCUGAAUGAUUGAUAGACUUAUACUCGAUCCAAUUGCAUAGCGGA